AUGGCCAGUGUAUCAUAUCAAAUAGCAAAUCUGCUUGAGAAGAUGACGUCUAACGACAAAGACUUCAGAUUUAUGGCUACAAAUGAUUUGAUGACAGAACUUCAGAAAGAUAGUAUAAAGCUUGACGAUGACUCCGAAAGAAAAGUUGUAAAAAUGUUGCUUCGUUUACUCGAAGACAAAAAUGGAGAAGUUCAAAAUCUAGCCGUAAAAUGUCUUGGACCUCUCGUUAACAAAGUAAAGGAGUUCCAAGUAGAAGGUAUCGUGGAAACUCUUUGUGCAAAUAUGCUGUCAGACACUGAACAGUUAAGAGAUAUAAGCAGCAUUGGCUUGAAAACUGUGAUAUCUGAACUUCCACUAGGCUCAAAUACACUAGCUGCUAAUGUUUGUAAAAAAAUUACUGGGAAACUCAGCAGUGCUAUUGAAAAGCAAGAAGAUGUAUCUGUGCAGUUGGAAGCACUUGAUAUAUUGGCAGAUUUGCUUAGUAGAUUUGGAGGUCUAUUGAUAUCUUUCCAUCCGAUGCUAUUAAAUUCUUUACUACCACAACUUUCAUCACCACGUCAGGCUGUCCGUAAGCGCACAAUAGUGGCAUUGUCACAUUUGGUGAUGUCAUGUAAUGCCUCACUUUAUAGUAAACUUAUUGAUCAUUUGCUGGAAGGCCUGAGUUCUUCAACGUCAGCUAGUGUCAGCCGCACUCACAUACAAUGUAUUGCAUCUGUAUGUCGUCAAGCAGGUCAUCGAUUUGGUGAACAACUUUGGCGUGUAGCUCCACAAGUUCUAGAGCAUUCUACUGAUGCUGACGAGGAAUUACGUGAACAUUGUCUUCAAGCACUUGAAGCAUUUGUUCUUAAGUGUCCUAAAGAAGUACAAACUCAUAUCCCAACUAUUAUAGAUCUGUGCCUGAAAAUGAUCACUUAUGAUCCGAACUACAACUAUGAAGAUGAGGAAGGAGGUGGAGGAGGUGAAGAUGAGGAGAUGGAAGAUGAAUCGAUUGAACCUGAUGCAGAAGCAGAAUCUGACUCUGAAGAAUACUCUGAUGAUGAUGACAUGUCUUGGAAAGUACGACGUGCUGCAGCCAAGUGCUUGGAAUCCGUAAUAGCAACAAGACAUGAGCUUUUGGCAGAAAUGUAUCAAACUGUUUCGCCUGCAUUGAUCGCAAGAUUCAAAGAACGUGAGGAAAACGUUAAAUGCGAUAUUUUAAGUGCUUACACAGCCCUCCUGAGAGCCACACGUCCGCCUCCAGCAUUACAAAUGCCUAUUGCUCCAUCUGAUGACUCUCCUCAGGCUUUGCUUUUGCAAAGGGUGUCGGGCGUGGUGCGCGGCGCGCUGCGCGUGAUUCGCGGGCGCAGCGUACGCGCGCGCGGCUACGCACUGGCGCUGCUGCGAGAACUGCUGGCCGCCGCGCCCGGCUGCCUCGCCGACCACGCCGCGCGCGUCAUCCGCGCCCUCACGCCCGCGCUCACGGACAAAAGUACCUCAUCGUCCAUGAAGAUCGAAACCUUAGUGUUCAUAGUAUGCCUUGUCCGUGGACACCCAGUUGAAACCAUGCGGCCCCAUGUAGCCGCUCUGAUGCCCGCCGUCUUGGCCAGUGUUCAUGAUCCGUUCUAUAAGGUCACUGCUGAAGCGCUCAGGGUUCUACAGACACUGGUGAAAGUCAUGCGUCCUUUGGAUCAUGUGGAGAACAUAGGCGAAGAGGAGGUCGAAAUCGAGCCGCCGCCGCCGGAGUUGCAGCAGUUCAUCCCGGCCAUGUACGAGUGCACGCUGGUGAGGCUGCGUGCCACCGAUAUGGACCAGGAAGUGAAGGAGCGUGCCAUUGCCGCCUGCGGUCAGCUGCUCUGCCACUUCGGGGACUACUUGCAGAAUGAACUUACUAUCUGCUUACCAAUUUUGCUGGAAAGACUACGUAAUGAGAUAACUCGCCUUACUACUGUAAAAGCUCUAACCAAAGUGGCAUCUUCUCCACUCCGAAUUGAUCUUAGGCCUAUUUUGUCUGAUGUAGUACCCAUCUUAGGCUCAUUCCUGAGAAAGAAUCAGAGGGCACUGAAGUUAUCAACAUUGGUGCUGCUAGAUACUCUAGUCCAAAAUUACAGUAAUGAUAUUAGCAUAGAGCUUCUAAGUAAGGUGCUGGUGGAGGUGCCGGCGCUGGUGUGCGAGUCGGACCUGCACUGCGCGCAGACGGCGCUCACGCUGGUGCGCGGCGCCUGCAUGCGCUGCCCCGCCGCGCUCACGCCCGAUGCGCGCCAAGCGCUCACGCCCAACAUCCUCGCGCUCGCCAAGUCCCCGCUGCUGCAAGGCGGCGCGCUGAAGGCGAUGCUUGGCGUGCUGAGCGCGCUGGUGGCGGCGGACGUGGCGGGCUGCUCGCGCCGCGAGCUGUUGGCGCUGCUGGUGGCGCCCGUGCAGCGCGUGCACGACCACAACGCCUCCGCGCACCACAUCAAGCAGGCGUUCCACUCGCUGGCGAAGUGCGUGGCGGCGGUGGUGGUGUCGGGCGGCGCGGACGCACUGGACGUGGUGCGCGGCUUCCUGCGCGACGCUGCGCACCCGCCCUCCGAUGCGCACCACAUGUUCGCGCUGCUCGCCGUCGCCGAGAUCGGACGCCGCCUAGACCUAAGCUCAAUACCGAAUCUAAAAGAGGUGUUAUUGAAUUCAUUCACACCUUCGUCGGAGGAGGUGAAGUCUGCUGCGAGCUAUGCCUUGGGUUCCGUGGCCGUUGGCAACUUGCCUGAGUUUCUGCCUUUCAUACUUGGAGAGAUAGAGGCACAACCCAAACGACAAUAUCUGUUAUUGCAUUCUCUAAGAGAGAUAAUAUCUUGUGAAUCUUGCACACCAGAAGGUAUUGAAGCGUUAAGGCCAUUUAUUCCAGAAAUUUGGGUUCAACUUUCAAAACACUGUCAAUGUGCAGAGGAAGGAUCUCGUAAUGUAGUCGCUGAAUGUUUAGGAAAGUUAUGUCUUCUAGAACCUCAAGACUUAUUACCACAUUUGAAAGAAUUCCUCAAGUCGCCUGAACCACUCACAAGAACAACUGCUGUAACUGCUGUUAAAUUUACUAUAUCAGAUCAGCCGCAGGCCAUCGAUCCCCUGCUGCGCGCGUGCAUGUCGGAGCUGAUGGUGCCGCUGCGCGACGAAGAGCUGUGCGUGCGCCGCGUGGCGCUCGUCGCAUUCAACUCGGCCGCGCACAAUAAGCCAUCGCUGGUCCGUGACCUGUUGCCCGCGUUGCUGCCCACCAUCUACAGCGAGACCAAGGUCAAGGUGAGCACGCCUGCACUAGCCUGGUGUACACAUAGCACGUUCAACUCGGCCGCGCACAAUAAGCCAUCGCUGGUCCGUGACCUGUUGCCCGCGUUGCUGCCCACCAUCUACAGCGAGACCAAGGUCAAAGUGAGCACACCUGCACUAGCCUGGUGUACACAUAGCACGUUCAACUCGGCCGCGCACAACAAGCCCUCGCUGGUGCGCGACCUGCUGCCCGCGCUGCUGCCCACUAUUUACAGCGAGACCAAGGUCAAAGUGAGCACAUCUGCACUCUACCCUGGUGUACACAUAGCACGUUCAACUCUGCCGCGCACAACAAGCCCUCGCUGGUGCGCGACCUGCUGCCCACCAUUUACAGCGAGACCAAGGUCAAGCACACGUAGCACGUUCAACUCGGCCAAGCACAACAAGCCCUCGCUGGUGCGCGACCUGCUGCGCGCGCUGCUGCCCGCGCUGCCUGCCCACCACUUACAGCGAGACCAAGGUCAAGGUGAGCACGCCUGCACACUGUACCCUGGUGCAUACGUAGCACACGUAGCACGUUCAACUCGGCCGCGCACAACAAGCCCUCGCUGGUGCGCGACCUGCUGCCCACCAUUUACAGCGAGACCAAGGUCAAGCCGCACACGAAAGACCUCGCUGGUGCGCGACCUGCUGCCCGCGCUGCUGCCCAACAUCUACAGCGAGACCAAGGUGAAGGUGAGCACGCCUGCACUGUACCCUGGUGCAUACGUAGCAUACGUAGCACGUUCAACUCGGCCGCACACAAAAGACCUCGCUGGUGCGCGACCUGCUGCCCGCGCUGCUGCCCACCAUCUAUAG